AUCGCUUUUAUAUAAGAGUCGUGAACUGACCAGAAGAGAUUGAUAAUGGAGACUCUCGACGUGGUAAUUGUUGGAGCGGGUUGGGCUGGGCUGGCUGCGGCCAAGAUUCGCCAUCAGUUACACCCUGAAGAAUCACUGGCGGUCUUCGACUCAGCUGCUACACUUGGUGGCACCUGGGCAAAACAUCGCCUCUAUACAGGCCUGAAAACCAACAACAUGUUGGGUACUUACCAGUACCCUGAUUUCCCCAUGGACACAGAAACGUUUGGUGUCAAGCCAGGCCAGCACAUUCCUGGCCAGACAGUACACAGAUACCUGGAGACUUAUGCUCGACACUUUGAUACAUAUGACAAGAUACGGUUUGAGCACAAGGUUGAGACAGCAGAGCAUCAAGAGAACGGUGGUUGGAUUCUGACGGUAAGGGACAUCAAAAUUGGUGAUAAUAUUAAGAUCAGGGCCAAAAGACUGGUUCUUGCGACAGGCCUCACUUCAGAACCCUUUCUACCAAUCUUCGAAGGCCAAGAAGACUUCGAGGCCCCCAUAUUCCAUGGAAAAGACUUACGCAACCAUGAGAAUACCUACGAAACGGCCAAGUCAGUGACUGUAUUCGGAGGCACAAAGUCGGCUUGGGAUAUGGUGUAUUUAUAUGCCACCAAAGGCAUUCGAGUGAACUGGGUCAUUCGAGAAUCUGGCCAUGGCCCUGCUUGGAAUGCACCUCCUUAUGUCACACCUUUCAAGAAGUGGCUCGAGAAACUCGCCCAUAUAAGAAUGUUAACGUGGUUCAGUCCGUGUAGUUGGGGUGCCGCGGAUGGACACGUGAAGACUCGUAACUUCUACCACGGAACAUUCAUUGGAAGAGCUAUCGUCGAUAAGUUCUGGAGCAUUCUUGGUAAAGACGUUAUCACGCUCAACAAAUACGACUCUCACCCCGAGACGGCCAAGCUCAAACCCUGGUCGAAUGCCAUGUUUGUGGCAACGAGUAUAGGGAUUCUCAACUAUGAGAAGGACUUCUUCGAGGUUGUCAAGGAGGGACUGGUCAAGAUACAUAUUGCUGAUAUCGAAAGGUUGAGUACACAAACGGUGCACUUGUCUGACGGAAGUGCAUUACAUACGGAUGUGCUGUGCUGUGCAACGGGUUGGAAACAUGUUCCUCCUAUCAGAUUCCUGCCAGAAGGGAUCGCUGAGGAUAUUGGGAUGCCUCAUACGCCGUCACCGAACUCGUUCCCUUACGCUUCACUCCUGGAUCAAGUCGAUAAGGAGAUCUUCGACAAGUUCCCUCGCCUCAAGGAUCAGCCCAUACAGAAAGUGCAAAAUAGCAAGUAUCAUACGCUGCUAGAGGACAAAGGUCUCUCUAGCAAUGAUACUAUUACGCCAUCGACAGAUCUGACGCCGUAUACGCUAUAUCACUUCAUCAUCCCGCCGUCAAGUCAGUUCCUCAAGACUCGAGAUAUUGCUUUCGUGGGAAUGCUAGUCAACUUCAGCAACCCCAUAGUUUCCCAUGUCCAAUCGCUCUGGAUGAACGCCUUCUUCGAUGAUAUGAUUCCAUCUCUCCCUCGAAAUCCUUCACCAGAGUUUGUAUCUAGAUUCCAGCAUGAGGCAGUGCUUCAUAGUCGGUUCGGAAAAUGGCGAUACCCAGGUGGUUUUGGCCACAGCUUUCCCGACUUUGUGUUUGAUGCUGUUCCGUAUCUGGACCUACUACUGAAAGACCUGGAUCUACCAAUCUAUCGAAAGAAUGGCGUAUUUGCUGAGAUGACGGAUCCAUAUGGGCCAGAGGAUUAUACGACAGUCGUGGAUGAGUGGAAGGCGAAGCAACUUGAGCCGGAAGCUCCGUGGUAUCAAUGGAUACACGCGCUCGCCUAUUGA